AUGCUCCUCACAUUCCUGUGGUUACCGAUCGGAUUCCCGCUGGCGCUCAUCCGGAUGGCCGCCGGAUCACUGCUCCCAAUGCACGCCGUCUACCACGCAUUCCUCCUGCUGGGCGUCCGCAUCAUCAUCAGAGGCAAAAUCCCAUCCUCCAGAAAGUCCGCGAUCGAUCAGCAGCCCGGUGAUCACGGCGUGAUGUUUGUCUGCACUCACCGAUCACUGCUCGACCCGAUCUUCCUGUCCGCCGCGCUGGGCCGCCCAGUCACCGCCGUCACAUACUCCAUCUCCCGCCUCUCGGAGCUCCUGAGCCCUAUCCCGACCGCGCGGCUGACCCGGGAUCGAACCCGCGACGCGGCCAACAUCCGCGAGCUGCUUCGAACCGGCGACCUGGCCGUGUGCCCAGAGGGCACCACGUGUCGCACGCCCUACCUCCUACGAUUCAGCGCCCUGUUUGCCGAGCUGACGGACAGGAUCGUCCCGGUGGCCAUGGAGGCGGGAGUUUCGAAUUUUCAUGGCUCCGCCGCCAGGACCUGGAAGGGCGCCGAUCCAUUCUACUUCUUCAUGAAUCCCUCGCCCAGCUACACGGUGACGUUCCUGGAUCAGAUCCCCACCGAGAAGACGUGCGCUGGGGGUGGAUUCCCCGCGCACGACGUCGCGAAUUACAUCCAGGGAUUGCUCGCGGCGGCGCUGCGAUUCCAAUGCACGAGCCUGACGAGGAGAGACAAGUAUCGAGCACUCACCGGCACGGAUGGGAUCGUCACAGCGGCGCCAAGCGCCAUAGCCUAG